AUCUCAGCCCUGGAUGGAGCCAAUAGGAGAGCUUGGAGAGCGCAUGUGUCCCACUCUUGCAACGUUGCCCCACAAGCCCCGCCUCCACUGACACCCUGCUCAUCGCUUUUGGCUGAGCUUUUUGUUGAGCCAUUAUUAUAGAAGCAUUAAAUUGUAGGAGCACCUUUGAGACCUUACAGUUUUUCCCUGGAGAAAUUCGUGGCUUCCUGGCAAAACAAAGGAAACAAGAGACUACAAUCUCUCUCUCUCUUUCUCUCUCCAUAGUAUAUAUUGCAGCCUGUUCCUCUCCUACAUACAGAUUAUUUUGAAUCAAACAGUGUGAUCAGAAAUGAGUGAGCCAUCAGAACUUGAUAAUGAAAAAAACAGUUCCACCCAAGAACAUGCAGACUCAAGUUUUCCUGAGAGAGAAUGUCAAAUUGGACAGAAGCAACUGCAGCAAAUCGAGCGGCAGCUGAAAUCCUUAGCCUUUCAGAACCCGGGCCCGCAGGUGGCCGACUUCAACCCCGAAACCAGAGAGCAGAAGAAGAAGGCCCACAUGUCCAAGAUGAACGAGUAUUUCUCGGUGAACAAAGUGAUGAAGAAAUAUGACAGAAAUGGCCGAUUGAUUUGUAAUGAUGUAGAUUUAUGUGACUGCCUGGAGAAGAACUGCCUUGGAUGCUUCUAUCCGUGUCCCAAAUGUAAUUCAAACAAAUGUGGACCAGAAUGCCGCUGCAAUAGAAAAUGGGUCUAUGAUGAUAUUGUAACUGAGGCUGGUGAUAUUAUCAGCACAUUGCCUUUUUUUGUUCCUGACUGAGGUCAUUAUGAGAAGAUUUGUGUUCUUUUGCAUGGCAGUGAAGCACAGAAUGGGCAGUAAUUGUCUAAACUUCUUCCAUCUUAUUUUUUCACGUCUGGUAAUAGAAAAAUAAUUUCAUUGCAGUGAGCAACCAAAAAAAUCUUAUCUCCUUAGAUAUGCUCAUUCGGAUUUUCCUCAGGUAGGGUUUAGAUGUCCCAAAUGCCAAAAAGAAAACCUUAUGUAUAAUGGAAUGGAAUAAUUUCAUUUCUUUCUUAUUUUCUUUAUAGUUUCAUUUGCCACAAAAUCCAGUUCAGAAAUUGUCUUAAGAUUUUUUAAUUUACAUUUUAUUUAGAUUAUUUUCCUAAGCAAAAUUUCUCUUUUAAUCAUAUAGACUGAGAAGUAGUAACUGUUAGUUUUGAAGGCCAGGAUUCCAGUUGUUUUUACUUUGGCAACUAAGCCUUGAACGUGAAAACAAAGAACAAACAAACAAGACAAGCUGGGUUUAAAAGGCAUGUCGUUUGUAUUUCAAACUAGAUAGUAUGUUCAUAAUUGUUUCUUAUAAGAUAGUAUUUAAGUAUUUGACUGAAAUACUGCUAACCCUCAUGUUGUUGCAGGUAUUGAGGAAAUUAUUCUGUUUCUGAAUUUCCUUUGUAUUUCAGUCUCACCUUUUGUAUGUUCCGAGUUCUAGAAGAAAGCCAUUUAUGAGAAAUAGGAGUAGAAUGAUUGCAUAGAAAUUAUUAAAGUUGAAGCAUUUAGACUAAAUAAAGUAUACUUAUACAGUG